UCAAACCAUUGCAACAAAGUGCAUUGACCAACCUGCUGCUGCUACCAAUUCCAGCAGGGAGCUAGUCAGUCACUCCAUCAGUGGAUAGAUGGUUGCUUCCGCGUUUGUAUAUUUGAAGUGACUUCCAUCGCGAUGCAAUUGAAGUUGUUUGCCACUCGUUAAAACUAAAAUGGCGUCGCUGUUUAUCAAUUAGUAACUUGCUUUAUGUGAACGUGAACGUUCGUCAGUGAUCGCAUCCGAGUGACUCAUAAACCAACAUAGCAAUGACAUUUUUAUAGCACAGUGAGAUUCGUUUCUAAAACGUUGUGUGGAAGACUGGCAAGUGUAAUUUAGAGCACAAUAAUGCGCGAAUUCAAAGUAGUCGUGCUGGGCUCGGGUGGGGUCGGGAAGAGUGCUUUGACUGUGCGGUUCGUGUCUGGAUGUUUUAUGGAAAAAUAUGACCCCACAAUAGAGGAUUUCUAUAGGAAAGAAAUAGAAGUGGACAAUUCACCAUGUGUUUUAGAAAUAUUGGAUACCGCUGGCACGGAACAAUUCGCCUCAAUGCGGGACCUGUACAUAAAAAAUGGCCAAGGGUUCGUAGUAGUAUACUCAUUAACGAAUCACCAAACGUUCCAAGAUAUUAAGCCAAUGAAGGAAUUGAUAACGCGCGUGAAGGGAUCAGAGCGCGUUCCCAUCCUGCUGGUGGGCAAUAAGGCGGACCUGGACCACCAGCGUGAGGUGGCAGAGACUGAGGGCGCCGCACUCGCGCAGAUGUGGGGCUGCCCUUUCGUCGAGGCCUCCGCCAAGAGCCGUACCAACGUCAACGAAAUGUUUGCCGAGAUCGUGCGCGAAAUGAACGUUAGUCCUGAGAAGGAAAAGAAAACUUAUUGUUGUACAGUGCUUUAAUAUUUAGAGUGUAAUGUGGCAUUUAUUUCUCGUAAGACUGCAAGGGUGAGGCGGGAGAGCGGCCGGGCCUGGCGCCGCCGGCGCUGCGGCGGGCCCCUGCCGGCCGCGGCGCGCGUCAUAUCACGUUGUUAAUAUCUUUGAUACAUACCAUUGUCCAAUCGAGGUGCUUUAUCUUAUAUUUUCAUACUUUAGUACUGGUAGAUACUCCCGCAGUAACCGUUAUCAUACAAUUGAACAAAGUAUACAUUGGAGCAAACAUACUGUGAGCCAACAUCAACAUCACAAAGACCUUGGUUUUGUUCAUCAAAAGCAAGAAUGUAGUAUGUGGAUGCUGCAUCGGUCUAAACAAACAUGUAUUAUAAAUUAAUAUUAGUCAACUUUGUAUAUAAUUUCAUGAGAUUAAUGGUGUCAAAUGACAUGGACGGUCUAGAGUGUUAAAAAGCCAUCCAAAUAUGCAAUAAACUUAUGAUUGUGUAGAGUGGAGUGCGAUGAGUAAGUGUUUACACCUAAGUCAUGUCGCAGAUUGUGUUUUAUUGUGUAAAUUAUGUUUAUAUGAGAAAUCAGUAAUCAAGGAAAUACAGUAAGAAUUGUCAGUUGCGUGAUUGUGUUUUAAAAGUCUACCAGGAUUUGUGAUAAUACAUAUAACAAAGUAUCUAUAAUAAAAGUUUUAAGUGGGAGAUUACUAAGAA